AAAUUAAACUGCAGACUGCGUUGCACAGCACGGCACUUUCAUCCUCUGCUACGGAAGCGCGGAGGUGCCAGUUCCGUUUUGUGGCUUUUUUUCCCUGGGCUGUAAGAUUAGGGUGAGCAGCUGGGAACAAACGAUGAUGUCGGAGCAGGAGGUUCUAACAUGCUCCAGUGCUCGGAAUCGAGGAGGAGUACAGCGGGUGGAAGGGAAAUUAAGAGCCAGCGUUGAGAAAGGGGAAUACUAUGAAGCCCAUCAGAUGUACCGCACUUUAUUCUUUAGGUAUAUGUCACAAGGUAAACAUGCAGAAGCCAGAGAGUUGAUGUAUUCGGGAGCUGUGCUUUUCUUCAGCCAUAAUCAGCAAAAUAGUGCUGCUGAUUUAUCUAUGCUGGUUUUGGACUCACUUGAAAAAUCGGGUGCAGAAGUGACAGAUGAAAUUUUAGAACACUUGGCAAAGCUGUUUAGUCUGAUGGAUCCCAAUACCCCAGAAAGAGUAGCUUUUGUUUCCAGAGCGAUAAAGUGGUCCAGUGAAGGCUCAAGUAAACGGGGGCAUCCGAAACUGCAUCAGCAGCUUGCCGUCACAUUAUGGAAAGAGCAAAACUAUAGUGAGUCUCGGUAUCACUUCCUACACUCUUCGGACGGUGAGGGCUGUGCGGAUAUGUUGGUGGAGUACUCGGCAUCUCAGGGGUACCGGAGCGAAGUGGACAUGUUUGUGGCUCAAGCAGUCUUACAAUUUCUGUGUUUAAAAAAUAAACCCAGCGCAUCCGUGGUUUUCACAACCUACACACAGAAACAUCCUUCCAUAGAAAAGGGGCCGCCCUUUGUACAGCCUUUGUUAAAUUUUAUUUGGUUCCUAUUACUUGCUGUGGAUGGGGGUAAAUUAACAGUUUUUACAGUGUUAUGUGAACAAUAUCAGCCGUCUCUGAAGAGAGAUCCAAUGUACAAUGAGUAUCUCGACAGAAUAGGACAGCUUUUCUUUGGAGUACCACCAAAACAGUCCUCGUCUUACGGAGGAUUGUUAGGAAACCUGCUGAACAGCCUGAUGGGGGCGAGUGAAGAGGAGGAGGCAGAAGAGGGCCAGGAGGACAGCAGUCCCAUUGAACUGGACUAAGCCAGGGCUGGGGUCAAAGUGUUUGGGCUGCAUGGAGUAUUUGGGCUGACGGGUUGUUUUAAUAAUAAAAACAAGGUGAUUAUUCUCAACUCCUGUGUUGCGUCUGAGCAGCUGCAAAGGGCUUUUUCUUCGUUUGCAGAUAAAAUGUUGGUAAUGGUUUAUCACACAACCUCAUUCCAAGAUACUACCCUGGUGUGUUGUGGUGGGUUUCCUUUCAAUAAAAAGGGAAAAGGCUCCUUUUUUGCCCAGUUUCAGUCCAAAUCAGCUCCACUUACUGUAGAUAUGAGUGUUAGGGCUGCAUUGCAGUCAUAGUAAAGUGGUUUGUCGUAGUAGCAUCAUUAGAGGUUUAAGUAACCAGAUUUAGUCUGGAUGAGUCAGUCUGCCUCCCUUAUCAAUAACACCUGCUGAUCUGGUCAUAUUUGAUUUGUCUUGAGCUACAGCGGAAGGAUUCACAAACCUAUGUUCCUGUAUGAAUGAAGAUAGUAGGCCUAUACAAUUUAUAUGUUAUACUGUCACUAAUGGAGACUGUGGGAUAUUGUUUGGUUCACCUGUUUGGAGUUAAUUAUGUGCAUUAAAGGAGAACCACAUUCAGCUUGUUCAACUAAAUAUGUGCAUCUUUUCUCCUUACUUGGCAAAAAGUGACCUGAGCCUAGAAUAAAUUAAAUCGAUGGCAGCGCCAUCAACAGUAUAAAGUAUAGUAAACAACGUUGCCAUAAACUUUGAUUAAAUUGAGGCCCUGGUUUAUUUCCUUGUCUUUUUUUAUGUUAUGAUGUAUUGGCCAAUGACUUAUGGGAAACAAUUAAGCUUUGGAACCCCACAAGUGUAGAACCAAUAAUCCAUUGUUGCCAUAAUUCUAAAAUGUACAGAACAUGAACUAUGAACAAGAGAAUUUAACAACGGCAAUCUGCAUGUAUUUUUCUGACAAUUCUGCACAAAACGGACUCCAACUAAUUCUAUCCUGGAAAAAUAUUCGAAGCAUUCCGUUAAAUUGUGAUACAAAACCCACAUGUGUCUUGCAGGUUAAGAUUUUGAGUCUUAUUUAACAUACAAUCCGUUUAAAGCUACAGUCAUAUUUGUUUUUGGACCUGCAUGAUGUGUAUAUAUCUUUUUUUUUUUUUUUUUUUUUUUUCAUGAAUUCGUGUGACAGUGGGAGGUGUUUUUAAAAAAAUUAAUUAAAUGGAAAGUGCAUUCUGUAACCCAGAACAUCUUAAUUGUGAAAUCGUAAUGUGGUUUAAACCAGCCCCCACAUGGGAUUGUAUACAGUGCUCCCCCUUUAUAAGGUUGCCCUUUAUAAUACUUCCGACUACAGCGUUAUAAAGGGGAAGCGCUGUAUCUGCCAAUAUCUGCUUUCAUUUGUUAAAGAGAAACUUUAGAUUUGUUUUGACUUCAGCCAUUUUUCAUAUUUAUUACACCUCUGCUUUUAGAUCCAUAUUUUUUUGUUUGUUUUAUUUAAUAUUUGAUAAAAAUUUACCUCACAAUG